ACCCCCCCGAUAGUUUAUUGGAAUAUCGGUAGGUCAGAGUUCAAAUUGAAGAUGGCUGACCCAGACGUGAAAAAGUUACCCAUCUUCCAAGUCGACGCUUUUACAGACAAACCAUUCGCUGGAAACCCGGCAGCAGUUUGUCUGUUAGAAGAUAUGGAUUUGACAGAAGAACACCAACAAAAGAUUGCAGCAGAAAUGAACCUGUCUGAGACAGCCUAUCUCCGCAAACUGAACCCUGGUGACGACUUUUCAUCAAGUUCCAAGUUUGGUCUCAGAUGGUUCACUCCCACCAAUGAAGUUGCUCUGUGUGGACAUGCGACCCUGGCCUCUGCAGCUACUCUGUUCUACAUGAUGAAAAACCCCAGUUCCCAGCUGACGUUCCAGACCCUGAGUGGAGACCUGUUUGCCAGGAGGGAGGGAGAUUUCAUCUCACUGGACCUGCCUGAAAAUAAGUCACAGCCUCAGGACAAAGAAACAUAUUCCCAGUUGCUUCAGGCACUUGUUGGCAUGACCCCUAUCAGAGACUUCCAGUACUGCAGGUCUGUAGGAGGGGAUCUCCUGGUGAGGCUUACAGAUGAUGCCACCAGACAGACCUUGGAAAGUCUGAGGCCUGAUACGGCGUCCAUGUUAGCAGCCCACACUCAAGACAUCAUCAGAGGUGUCAUUGUGACUGUCAAAGGAAGUCUAGAGAAUGGUUGUGUGGAUAAUCACGGAGAAAUGUACGAUUUCAUCUCUCGUUAUUUUGCGCCUUGGAAUGGCAUUCCAGAAGACCCAGUAACAGGGUCAGCUCAUACUGUCCUGGCCAGCUACUGGGCUAAGGAGCUGGGGAAAACAGAAUUCUAUGCUCGUCAGUGUUCUGCCAGGGGAGGGGACUUGAAGGUGAGACUGAGAGAAGACGGGAGAGUGGAUGUUGCAGGGAAGGCUACUGUUGUCUUACAGGGCAUGAUCAGGAUAUAACAGUACUGGAUUGCUUUACUACUGGUGUAUGUCUUAGAUAUUUUGCAAUGUAUUUUUUGUGUUAGACAUAGAUAUUCAUUGAAAUAGAUAUUCAUAUUCAUAUAUUCAUAAAACACCAAUUCGA